AUGGGUUAUUUUUGCUAUUUUGUUUCCAUGCUUCGCGUCAGCAGUCCUGUCUUAAUUAUUUCAGUCCUGUGGCACAUCUUCUUCCAACCUCCCGGCAAAGAAUCCACCGCCUCCACAAUCUCCAUCCCUUCUGGAUCUUCAACAGCCUCCACACGAUCCACCGCAUCUACCAAGGCAUCGAAGAGCACGGCGAUCCCAAGCGCUACGACCGCCAAAGCAUCGACGUAUCCCCUGCCUCAGGCAGCUGAACGGCUGUUCGUGUGUGUCCUGGCCGACAGUGUUAUCGUGGUGCCAGAUGGUUUGUGUGACGUCUUGUUGCUCGUCUACAAGAGCAGAUUCCCUUUUGGGGGAUCUGCAAGACUGCCAGUUAUUGAAGACUUUAAGAAGACAAAUCCAGGAAGUUGCGUCAUCACGAAAUGCGGCAUUGACAUGAGAAUCCUGCAAUCGAAAGACCCUUCGCCCGCAAAGUUGAAGAGCGCGAAUGGAUCGCGGGAUCUUGCGUGGUUCGAGGGGAACAAUUUCCGCCACUAUGCGAAGCUUAACCUAGAAAUACAAUCUGGCAACAAUGACGAAGUAACAUCAUACAUUGAUUACUUCAAGGCACUCCGUGAAGAACAAAACAAGAUGAACUUAAAAGGUGUUCACAUUAUCGGUGUGUCCCCUCUCAUUUCCAGCAAGAGUGACACACUUGACGACGAUAUGAGAUCCCAACUACAGCGCUAUGUUGCAGAAAUCCGGCCAUAUGCCCUCCUCAUCAGAACUACGCAGUUGGAAAAGAUUCCGAUUUUCAACUUUAAAUGUCACCUUAACGGACCAUCAUUAUGGACACACCUAGAAAAUGUGAAGCACCAAGUAUCUUUCGUUCAGUCGCUAGACUUUGUCAACACCGUCCAGCUUCCAUCCGAUCUGCGGAUAUUACUGUCGUUCAGUUGUGGCGGCUACAAGACAUACUACAAAAGCCUACGCCAGUAUGAUCUAAAUAACCCAGAUAUCGAUAGUCUCCGCCGUGAAGAGUGUACGCGUUCCUUCCUCGCGGCGAAGAAUCUCCGAUGGGAUAGCAGGACUUGCCACCGACCGAUGCUACUGGAGACGGACAGCAUGACGAAUUAUAUUCUGACUCGAACCCUGCGAAAUGAUUUCGUAGACAUGUUCGACACCAACGUGACGUACAAGAUGAAGAUCUGCAACGCCCAGAAGAUAUACAACUUUCGAGGCGGCUACGUCUUGUUCGACUUCGAUCAAAUAGACACCGGAAACAAGUGCGGGGAUACCAACUUCACGCAGGGCUUCGCGGACGCGCACUACAUAAAGACUUACAUGAAGACCUCAUUCACACAUUGUUAGAUUGAAUGUGCAGAUGUGUUGUACUUUGUCGCAAUCUCACCGCAUUUGAGAUUGCUUGAGCUUUUCUGUAGCGCGUUCAUUGUAAUUGUCCUGUUGCUUCGUGUGAGAAAAUCAUUGUUUUCAUGCUGG